CAAAAGUAGGUGCCCUACUGACUUUUAUUUUUGAAGUUAGCUCUUUUAGCAUACCUGAAUAGGCUACAGCAGUGGCAAUUGGUUAGCCUGUAACCAUAGCAGAAGUUAUUCUCAACAAGGGCAUACAUAUUUUGGAGAGCAAAAAAAAGAAACGUAAUUUCACCUUUAAUUCUUGAUAUUUGCAUUAAAUAAUUUGAUUUCGAAGGGACUGGAUUUAUGGCACUAAUACGCUGUUAGAAGGAACAAAAUCUGGAUAUCCGAUGGUUAUUGCGUUCAAGUUGGUCACUUUCCAACCUGGUCCACUUUCAGCACACAAGCAAGGAUUCCACUGUGAGAGGAUUUUUUAAGAGCGUCGGAGCUCAUAUCAUCUAGUGAAAUCUUACUCUUUCCUGGAUCAUGUACCAGGACUACUCCGUGAACUACGACACCUCGUCCCGCGGCAGCAGCACUUCUCCGGCACAGCCAGAGUCAUUCACGAGCGGCAGCAGUACGAUCGGCAGUCCGAUCUCUACCUCAAACUACCAGAAAUACCGGGUCGACAUGCCUGGCUCCAGCAGUGCCUUCAUCCCAACGAUAAACGCCAUUACGACGAGCCAGGACCUGCAGUGGAUGGUGCAGCCCACAGUCAUCACUUCCAUGUCAAACCCGUACUCGCGCUCCCACCCUUAUGGCCACCACCUCUCCAACGGCCCGGGGCUCCUGGGGCACACCGCCCUCGCCCGCCCGGGUGUUAUACGCUCCAUUGGGGACACACGGGGGCGGCGCAGAAGGGAUGAGCAGCUUACUCCUGAGGAAGAGGAGAAGAGGAGGGUGAGGCGUGAGAGAAACAAACUGGCGGCCGCUAAGUGCCGCAAUCGCAGACGGGAGCUAACUGAGAUGCUGCAAGGAGAGACCGAAGAGCUGGAGGAAGAGAAAGCUGAUUUACAGAAAGAGAUCGAGACGCUGCAGAAGGAGAAGGACAAGUUGGAGUUCAUGCUGGUGGCCCACAACCCUGUGUGUAAGCUGCCCCCUGACGAUCGCCACCAGAGCAGCCACCACCACCACCACCAGCAGCAACAGUGUGCUCCACUCCCACUGACCAUGCGCAACAGCCUCGGCCCCCGAGGCCCUGUCAACCCUGUGGUGGUGAAGCAAGAACCGCUUGAGGACGACGUGGACGGCAAGCGCUCCGUCAUUAAGCCCAUUUGUCUGGGUGGGAAUGGCGGGAUCUACUGUGACAGCGACAGCCUCAACACCCCGGUUGUGGCAGCCUCCACACCUGCCUCCACCCCCAGCGCCCCCAGCCUCAUCUUCACCUACCCCAGUAUGCUGGAGCCAGAGAGCCCGUCGUCUUCCUCCGAGUCCUGCUCCAAGGCCCACCGGCGCAGCAGCAGCAGCGGGGAUCAGUCCUCAGACUCCCUCAACUCGCCCACCCUCCUGGCCCUCUGAGCAGGGCCAGUUAACCGCCAGCUGGGAUGACAAAAUCACACUCAAGCCUGGACCAGGCCGACCACGAGCUAUUUCCUCCACACCAGGAACUCUCAAGGGCUAGCGCCACUUGUUUUCCCUCGUAAGCUUCAGUGUGAUUUUCUUUUUCUUUAUACUAAAAGUGUGUUGCGCCAGCCAGUCCCUCUUUUCAUUUCAACUCCAGCAAAUCGAUUUGGUUGUUGAACAAUGAACAGAUGACAUGGAGGUGAGAGAUGCCAGCAAGAAGCAGUCCUAUGAGGAAACUGUGGAAAGGGAGACAUAUUUUUAGAUCAACAUUAAAGCCAUCUUGCCAAUGUUGCAGUCUGCAACGAUUAAUCAAUAAAUAACUAAAUGAGAGUCAGAGAUGAGCAUUUCUUGACAUACCUCCUGUUUGAAGGACGGUCAAUGGAGUGAUUUAAAAAACAGACAUUUUUCUUAUUCUUUUUCUUCUCCCUAUCCAAGAAACUGUUUUGGGAGAUUCCAGAAAGUGUGUGGAUGUGCUAAUGCGCUAAUAAAAAUCUGACUUUAUUUCCAACUCUACUUGUAUUUAUGGCCUGUGCUGAUGUUUUACAAACAUGUGCCCUUGCAUUCUGAUGUUGUUAUCUCCUGAUCUGCCUGUAGAACAGCAACACUGUUCACUGGGUGGGCUGCAAAGCCUCAGUGUCUAAAAGGAAAAGAGCCAAUUUGUAUUCAUUGCCUAGGUCCUCAAAACACUCUACUCCUAAAUAUUGAGCAUAGUUUCAAUUGCCAUUGUAUUGUUGUGUUUUCCUCAGUAAUGUACCUGAACUUUUUUUAAGCGUUUUUGACCAGUUUGUUGCGAUUUACAUUGAUGUCAGGAAUUUCUCUUUUGUGUGGUGGUUGAUCAAUGACCAUGUUAAGGAGGACACAUUGGGGGCUGGAAGGCUGGACAAAUGAACCUUUCUACUUCUGAUAUGAUGUCAUUCUCUAAGACAGUUUGACCAAGGAGGUUGUAAUGACCAACUUUUUAAACCACCAAUACUAAUGGAAAUGGAGGUCGGAGCAGACACUCCAUUAGCUUUACAUCAGCACUGUCAGUACAGACCAAAAACAUCAAUCUAUAUAUCAAUUGUACUGAAAUUGUUUGGUUGUACUUUUCGGAUGUAACCGUGACAUAAAACACCGUAACGGUAAUGAUAACACUGACUGCAUUAUUUUGUAAUAAUUUCAUCUUUAUUUACCUGAUGCUGUUAAAAGGGACAACACCAAUAUGUGAGCAGGUAAAUUUGUAUGUCAACUAACACAUUGAAACCUGCCUUUGUGUGGCCACAGCAGACGCAAUGCACUUUCCAAUUAGUUUUUGACUGAUGGGACAAAUCAGAUACCCUUUCCAGCUGGUCUGACAUGGAUGUCUUGACGAAAAUGGGAGAAGAAAAAAAACACUCUUUUAGUUGUUUUGUAUGUGUGUUUAUGGGACAAGGGGUUAAGAAUACCAGGCGCUGAAAUGGAUAGAAUUGCAAUAUUUCAGACAUAUUGUUUACUUCAAACAUUCCUUAAAGGGUCAGUGCAGUCAUGACCUUUGAUGUGAUCACGGGACAGAAAAUGAACUGAAAACUUUUGUUGUGCUGGAUGCAGCAAAUAGACUUUGUGCAAAAACAAAUCAUUGCUGCUGCUGUUGUUGUUGUUGGACUAGUCUUGAAGGAGAACAUAUUGCUUAUUUACCCUUGUUUGGAUGGUCUUGAAGUUAUCUUCACUGGUUACUUACGGUAUCGCAUGAUAGCAUUUAUUUCCCAUCAUGAAUUGUGAGGAAAUGCCGCCCAAGAAAAAAGAUACCAAAAAGUAAUUGUGGGAGUGUGCUUUGUCUGUUCAAGUCUUUUGAAUCCCCUAGAAACACGUAGGAAAGCCAUCAUCUUAAGAGUUCUACUGUCAUCUACUGUACGUCCUCUGUUUUUGAAAUCUAUUUCUUCUUUUUUUCCAAAUGCUUUAACUGUUUAAAAUGAUUCAAAACAAACAAAAACAGCAAUAUGUAUGGCAGUGUUUGGUCAUUUCGUAAUUUAACUCAAUAAUAAUAAUAACAAUAAAGUGUUUUCGACAAGGAA